AUGGCACGUGUCUCUGGCUCCUCACGCUCUCAUUGCCUCAUCACACUCCUCUUUCUUCAGCUGCGGGCACAGUGGUCAGGGGAGGCCAGCAAGUCCCUCCUGGUCCCGCUAGGGGGCACGGCCGAGCUGCCCUGCCCUCUGUCCCUGUGGCCAGUCACAGUGCCCACAGAGGUGAGGUGGCUGCGCUCCCCACCUCCCCAGCAUUCCCAGGCUGUUCACGUGUUCCGGGAUGGGAAGGACUGGGAUGAAGAUCUGCUGCCGGAAUAUAAGGGGAGGACGGCGCUGCUGAGGGAUGACGCAGAGGGAACUGUGACCCUGAAGAUCAGCGGGAUCCGGCUGGAAGACCGAGGGCAGUACCGCUGUCAGAUCCAGAUCCGCAACCGGACUCGGGAGGGCAGCGUUACCCUGGAGGUCGCAGCAUCAUCUUUGGGUCAGAUCUCCUCUGCCACGUUGGCGCUGGCUGUGAUCCUGCCUGUCCUGGGGCUUGUCAUCAUGGCAGGCAUUUGCCUCAUCUGGAAGCUAAGAAGAGCAAAAGAAAAACUUCUUUAUGAACAAGUGAUGGAGGUAGAAAAUCUUCUUGAAGAUCAUGCAAAAGAAAAAGGAAGACUCCACAAAGCCCUCAAGAAACACCGGAGUGAAUUGAAAUUGAAAAGAGCAGCAGCAAAUGCAGGCUGGAGAAGGGCCCGGCUGCACUUCUUGCCUGUGACCCUGGAUCCGGACACAGCGCACCCCAAACUCAUCCUGUCCGAGGACCUUAGAUGCGUGCGGCUCGGGGACCGGAAGCAGCCUGUGGCCGACAACCCGCAGAGAUUCGAUUUCGUCGUCAGCGUGCUGGGCUCCCAGCGCUUCACGGCCGGCUGUCAUUACUGGGAGGUGUGCGUGGGAGACAAGACCAAGUGGAUCCUUGGGGUGUGCAGCGAGUCAGUGAGCAGGAAGGGCAAGGUGACCGCCUCGCCCUCCAACGGCCACUGGCUGGUGCGGCAGAGCCAAGGCAACCAGUACGAAGCUCUCACGUCCCCGCAGACACCGCUCAGCCUCCGGGAGCCCCCGCGCUGUGUGGGCGUUUUCCUGGACUACGAAGCGGGCCUGCUCUCCUUCUUCAACGUGACCCACAAAUCCCACAUCUUUACUUUCACCCACAGUUUCUCUGGCCCUCUGCGCCCUUUCUUUGAACCUUGCCUUCACGAUGAGGGGAAAAACACAGCCCCUCUAGUCAUCUGUUCAGAACUCCAAACAGCAGAAGAGUCAACAGAUGCCAGGCCAGAAGGAAAAGGCCAUGCUAAUGGAGACGUGUCCCUGAAAGUGGACUCCUCCUUACUGCCGCCUCAGGCACUCGGGGACAUGCUGCUGUCCUGGCCUGCUGACCUCGGCCCGGCCCUUCAGGGGCUCAAGGUGCCCUCCUUUUAG